UCUAUGUUUCAUUUAGAUCGAAACGGUAAAUCUGCCAUCCCAGGUUUCGGAAAGCAUUGUGUCAAAGAAAAAACAAGAAGUUCAGGAUCGGUUCAGUUGGGUACAGUUCAACCUUUCUUCGUUUAAUUGAAUCUAUUCGCUAUGUCUCUAGCCAGGUUGCUUCCAGCUCCAACUCAACUUCAUUCCUAUGAUGUUGAUGAUGAUGAAGAUGAUGCUUUGGAGGCAGCCUAUCAUGGAGGAAUGCAAGUGGCUACACCAGGACCUCCUCCCUAUAUGCACAGAUUAGGUUGGGUUCCACGAAGACAAGAGGAUUUUGGGGAUGGUGGAGCUUUUCCUGAAAUAAUGGUAGCGCAAUUCCCUCUCAAUAUGGGAAGGGAAAAGAAAGAAAGAUCAAAUGCGCUGCCAGUUCAAAUGGAUGCCGAGGGCAAGAUUAAGUUUGACAAUUUGCUACGCCAAGGUCAGGCGAAGAAUAAAGUGAUCCAUUCACGUUUUACUGACUUAGUGGAAAAACAGGUGACAGCAACCGAUGAUGAUCCUGAACUUGCCCGUCCAGAUGAAGAGAAGAUGAGAGAGCUUGCAGAGAAAACCAGGCAUGCACUAGAGAAAGAGGUCACAUCCAAAAUAGCAGCAGCACAACCGAAUCAGGUGGCUCAAAAACCAGCUGAAGCACAGUAUAUCAGAUAUACACCAUCUCAAGGAGGGGUCAUGUUUAACUCUGGUGCUAAACAACGUGUCAUUCGAAUGGUAGAACAACAAAGGGACCCGAUGGAGCCACCACGUUUUAAAACGAACAAAAAGAUACCACGUGGACCACCUUCCCCACCUGCACCUGUCAUGCAUUCUCCUACGCGAAAGACAACAGUGAAGGAACAGCAAGAAUGGAAAAUACCGCCAUGCAUAUCAAAUUGGAAAAAUCCAAAGGGUUACACAAUACCUCUUGACAAAAGGCUUGCAGCUGAUGGGCGUGGAUUGCAAGAUCCACAUAUCAACGACAAAUUUGCUAAACUAGCAGAAUCACUAUAUAUUGCAGACAGAAAAGCUAGAGAGGCAGUUGAAACAAGGGCAACACUAGAAAAGAAAUUGGCACAGAAAGAAAAAGAAAAGAAGGAGUCAAAACUGCGUGAAUUAGCUGAGAAAUCGAGACAAGAACGUAGUGGUUUGCAUUCAGCCCCUAAAAGUAAAGCCGAAGCUGAGCGAGAUCUUAUCAGAAAAGACAGACACAGGGAUCGCGACAGAGAAAAGAAACUGUCAAAGAAUGCGGAAAAAAAAUCGAAGGCUAAUCGAGACAAAGAACGUGAUGUUAGUGAACAGAUUGCUCUUGGUUUGCCAAACGCUGCGUCAUCUCAAGAAGCUUUGUAUGACCAGCGACUAUUUAAUAAAUCAGAGGGAUUUGAUAGUGGGUUUGGAAAUGACGAUGCUUAUAACGUUUACGAUCAACCCUGGCGAAAGUCAGACACAGUUUCGGCUAUCUAUCGUCCGUCGAAGAAUAUGGACAAAGACUUAUAUGGGGAUGAUUUGGAAAAUUUAAUUAAGUCCACGAAAAGGUUUGCACCGGACAAAGAAUUCGCUGGCGCUGAUCGUUCGCAAACUCGAGAUGGUCCUGUUCAAUUUGAAAAGGAGGAAGAAGAUCCCUUUCAGCUCGAUAAGUUUUUGCAGGAGGCUAAACGGGGUGGAAAACGAACCGACAAGUCCGAUAAUGAUUACGACAAAACUUCAAAAAGAAGCAAGCGAUAACCACACUUACAGAAUUAUUUACUAAUUAUUAACUGAUACGAUGUUUUGUCGGCGAAAUUAAUGCUGGUACAAAGGACAGUUUUUUAUCACUUCCCAGAAAACAAUUUUUACCGCAACAAAUAUCUUUUUUAUAGUGGAGAAAUUACCAGGGUUGAUCAUUUGAGCAUUUUAUAAAAUAGCGUCAUCUCUACUUCUCUAAAACCACGAAAAGCGUUCAAAUGUAAGUGAAAAUCUAUGUCAGAAAUAAGCGGACGUGCUCAUUUACAAUUUUAAUUUUAAAUUCUUUUUAUAAGCGCUGCGGGUUGUUCUUGGCGCUCAUUUGUAUAUUAGGGUUGCAGAGUACAUUUUUUAAACCACCUUUUAACCAACGUCAGCUUUUUCGUCUUUUUAUUAGGAUUUGUUCUGACAAUGAUUUGUUGUAUCAGUUGUGACCACUUCAAAGCAUUGCUAAUAACAAACCGAACAAGAUAAAUAAUUCUGAUAGUUUUCCGCAA